AUGACAAGUAUUGUGCCAGAAAACGUCCUUACACGGGCCAAUGAGAACAAUGCAAUCGGGUUAUUUGAACCAUUGACAAAGCGGGAAGUCGAAAAAGAGGAAGGAAACCAAGAUGAGGACGAAAUGGCUCAGGAGCUUAAUGAAUUGGAAAAAGAUGCCACCUCAUACAUCAAAUUGGGAGAAGAUAAGUGGGUGGGAUUUCUUGCAAGAGCGUCGCCUAGCCACUUUGAAAAGAUUGUAAAGAAAGUCAAACAUUUGCUUGGCAAAGAUGACUGUGAGGAUGAAGAUGACGAAGAGGAAGAAGACAACAAUGCGGAAAAUCCCGAGAAUGGGCAAGACAAUGAGGAAAAAGACAAUGGAGAGGGGGAGGAUUGCGAGGAAGAUGAGGAGGAGGAUUACGAGGAAGACGAAGAAGAGGAAGAUGUAGAUGAAAUUACGGGGAAUGAGAAGCAACAACAUCUUGAUUGGGGAGUGUUUGCAGCCAGUGCAACCAAUCGGACAAAGCCAUUAAGCGAGUUUCUUGUUGGAUUACAGCAUUACGCGGAGAAGCAAGACCCCCAAAAGGUAUUGAAGAAGGCCGGAUUAUUUAGCAUGAGCGAGUUUGAUUCCGAAACGACGACGGAAUUGAGAAAUGGCUCAUUGAGCGAGAAAAUCAAUGCCGGGGAUGUGAAAAACAAGCAAAUUAAGAAAUGGCUCGCUUCGACUGCUGCAAGACGUGCCAAGAUUAUCAAAGAUGCCGUGAGCAAUGAUACAUUCAAUGAUUCUGCAGUUUUCGAAGCCGAGGAGUUUCAGUAUCGAAAAGGCAACAUCUUUUUGGAUGACGACGACAAUGAUGAUUUCAGCAGCGGAUGCGAUUGUCUAUUCAAGGAAUACACACUUCUGGAGGUAAUUUCCGUGACUGCCGUGUCCAUUUUAAUGAUAAUCUAA